AUGUUUUCCUUUCAAUCCCCCGGUGCGAGAUCUGUAAAGAUCACAGCACUUAUACUCUUCGUCUGGCUUCUCAUAGCCAUCUUCUACAACUAUAGCGAUGUUUCCUUUUCUACUCCAACGCCUUUGCGAAAUAUAUAUACAGGCACUUCUGGAAACUCGAAUCUAAAAAGUAUAGAGUCUAUUAGACUUGGCGCACAGUACUUUGUAGAUUAUCCGUUGAAGGACGAGCCGAAAGAGAUAUUCGGAGAAUUGGGUCAGAGAACGCAACUAUUACGAAUGUGGAUUGAGGAAUUGGCGGGCCAUGAAACGAACGAGAAGCAAGAGACAGCAGAGAUUGUUGGGCAUUUGGUCCAAUCUCUAUUCCCAUGGCUUAACUCGAUAAAUGGUGUUUCGCCGCCUCUGGCUAACAUCUACGACCGACUUGAUGUCCCAUACAAAACAAUGAGCGCAAAAGGCUAUACUGCCCCAGCUGGAAUUGUCAUUCCCACUGGCGACAAGACCCUCCGAUUCGCAUGUCAUCUCAUCGCAUCUCUGACAGAAGCCCACAACACAUCCCUUCCUAUCCAGGUCGUAUACGCCGGAGACGAUGAUUUGUCCGCCCAAGGGAGAAAGAAGAUCCAACAAGCAGCUAACGGUGUAGAGAUUGAGAUGCUGGACGUCCUCACUGUUUUCAACGAUACAUCUCUCAAACUUGCAGAGGGAGGCUGGGCGAUAAAACCGUUCGCUGCAUUAGCAAGCUCCUACGAAAAAGUCAUUCUUCUGGACGCAGAUGCAGUAUUCUUCCAAGACCCGCAACGACUUCUCCAACAAGACCGAUUCAACGAGACUGGGGUGUUACUCUUCCAUGAUCGACUCCUUUGGAAGAAUGGGUUUCCUGAUCGACAAGAUUGGUGGCAUGAUCAGAUCAAACAUCCCAGCCCCGAAAUAGACAAAUCACUUGUAUGGACGGAACGCUAUUCUGAAGAGGGAGAUUCGGGUCUUGUGGUAGUUGACAAGUCCAGGCUUGAUGUCCUGCUUGGAUUGAUACAUAUCGGAUGGCAGAACUCGGAUAGAGUGAGGAACGAAGUUACGUAUAAGAUUACGUAUGGUGAUAAAGAGAGUUGGUGGAUUGGGUUCGAGGCUACAGGAUCGAAAUACUCUUUUUCGCCACACUAUGGUGGUAUCGUGGGUUGGUUGAAAGACGCACCAGACGACAAGAAAGAAGAAGUUCGCGUGUGUAGCUUCGUUAUAGCGCAUGUGGACCAAGACGAGAAAUUGCUUUGGUAUAAUGGCGGUUUACUCAAGAACAAAGCCGUCAAUCAAACGGAAUUUGAAGUCCCGACGCAUUGGAUGAUUGAUCAGACUUGGCACAAGGGUGGAAGCAAGAAGGAUAUGAGUUGUAUGGCUGGAAAGACAGCCAGUGAGUUAUCAGCCGAAGAGAAGGAUAUUUUGAGGAGGGCGAUUGAUGUUGCUAAGGAUGUUGAUGAGAAGUUGGAUCUCAUACCAUCUACAUAG